CCACUUUUCUCAAAUUUUUAAAUUGCAAUAACUUUUUUUUAUACUCCUUUCAAUUUCAGUCCUUUUUUAAAUUUGCUUCAAUUUCACAGCCAAAAAUCGACUCACUGUUUUCUGAUUUCAUAGCAAAAGAAAAAAAAUGGCGUUGAGACCCAUCGAUAAUGCACUCCCUACUACACCAGAAAGACCCAAAAAACAAGCCAAAUUGUCGAUUCCGAUCCAAACCCAGAAGAAACCAUCAGAUUUUGGUGUCAAUGAAGAGAAGAAGGCUUCUCCUUUACCACCACCACCACCACCUGCAGAUGCCUCCGUUGAUUACGUUUCUUCCGAGAAGCUCAAGCCCUUUGAAGACCCAGAGUCCAAAAUCCAAGGAUUGGUUGAAGGGUUAGAGUCAAAGGAUUGGGUUAAGGUUUGCGAGUCAUUGAAUGAUGUUAGGCGGUUCUCUUUACAUCACUCCACCGUAUUGCUUCCAAUCUUAGAGAAGGUGAUGUUGAUACUGGUGAAGGCAAUGAACAACCCAAGAAGUGCCCUUUGCAAGACCUCGAUUAUGGCUGCUUCAGAUAUCUUCAACGCAUUUGGUGAAAAACUGCUUGAUUUCACUGAUUCUGGUGCAUUUGAUCGGUUGUUGCUGCAACUGUUACUAAAAGCUUCUCAGGAUAAGAAAUUUGUAUGUGAAGAAGCAGACAAGUCAUUAAAAUCAAUGGUUAACACCAUUGCUCCUUUGCCUCUGCUUAAUAAGCUUAGUGGAUAUGUUAACCAUGGCAACCUUAGAGUCAGAGCCAAAGCUGCUGUUUCCAUUUCAAACUCGGUUUCCAAAACGGGUGUGGAUGAAAUUAAAGAAUUCGGGUUGGUUAAACUGCUACAAAUGGCCACGGGUUCGUUGAAUGAUAGAUUGCCGGAGGCCAGAGAAGCAGCAAGAAGCAUUGUGUUUUCAGUAUACAAGGCAUUUACUGAAAAUGAAGAUGAGAAUCCAGGGGAGGCUUGGCAAAGCUUUUGCCAAUCAAGCUUGUCACCUAUUCAAGCUCAGUCCAUUAUCAAAGCUGUAGGUUCACAGUAGGGUUUAUGGUAAAAGUUUUUAGGGUUUCUCUAACUUUUUUCAUGUAAAUGCUGUUUUUUACAUGAUUUUGGUGGCGAAAAAUAACUUUGUUUUCAUCCACUUUUUUCCUGUUCACCCCCAUUUUGUAAUGUUCGAAUAACACAUUUGCUGUUGUUAUAUUCUUUAACGUUAAAUGGAAGUUGACCUAGUUUUAUUUUUA